CGGCUGAUUACGAAUAGCAAAGCGGUAAUAUCUUCAGCAACUCUUUACAGCUAUAGACUGAAUUUUAAUAUAAGCCAUUGGCUUGCGGUCGUGUGGUCGCCGGUUUUCAAAGAUAUACUAGAUGUGAAAGUUAGUGGCGUACGCAUCUUUUAGGGAAACAGAUCAUCAUACAUAAUACCGCAGCACCUGCACACGACAGUAAAAAGAACAGAAAAGAAUAUAAGUACUUCAAGCAAGAACAACAGGAUGACAGAAGCGUACGGCGAUACAACUAAUGGUACGUCCCUGCCCAGUUCGACACAUGGGCACGAACCGGCAGCCACCGUGGCCGGUCCUAUUAGUGAGCACGUGCUAGAUACGCAGCAGGACUACAAGAACAACGAUCCCUGGGGGAAGAGGGAAAAUAAUUAUAACGAUAAACGACUUCCCACGUCGACUUCCCACGACCAGCGGGCUGCCAACUCGGGGUCGUCAAGUUGGGCCUCCUCUUGGGACAAAAAUUACAGCGACUCCACUGGACGACAGAGCGGAGACUGGUACAACUAUAGAAACACGCAGCAUUCCAACUACCGCGACGACAGAGGCAACCCCGAAGGUGGAAGUGCCGGCAAUUGGCGAGGCGACGGUGAGUGGGACGGAAAAGCACCUUCGCACGACCUCCACAAAAGCGACUUUUCGUCCUACUCAUCGUCUACUACGAUCUGGCAGAAACAAAAUCGAAACUACAGCACACGCUAUUACAAGGCUGAAAACUACGACGACGCUGCUUCGACGGCCGCGAAGGCCCCGGAAGAUUGGCGAGCGAAAUACAACAGCUACGAUCAUGCUUCUACAACCUCGAACUACCGGAGUUUUGGUGGAGGUCGCGGCAAUGACGUCCCGUACGACAGGAAAAACAACUACUACAGAAACAUCAGAGAAGACGAGGACAGCAAGAACUAUUCCACGACCGGUGAAGACAACGCAACCUACUACACGACUCGUUCGUGGAAUCAACAAAACGCAGCGUCUUUCACCAAAAACCCGGUCACCAGCAGCACAGUCGUCGACAAAGAAGGCAACACGUGGGUGAAAGACGAAGCCGGAAGUUGGACGGAGUACAAAAAAUCUGGUUUCCGCUUCAACCCGCAGGAGGUGACUUCGUUUGGAAAACUCGCCACCCUGGAGGAGCUGGAAACAGACCGGAUCCAGAUCCAGUUUCUCCUGUCGACAAAAAUCGAAACUGAUUCGUCGACGGUCUCUGCUGCAGCUGCGCCCAUCGUUUUGGAGCACGUGUCAUCCUCAUCUGGGAAGGACAGAAAUGACUCUGGUCCUCCAGCUGCGGAAAACGGCGUCAACAGCGUGUUUGUUUUUGACAGUUUCCGGGACGACUUGACGGAAAAUUUGAUUCCAGGCUUAUCCACUGGAAAAGUGGUAUCGUACUCGUACUAAUUGCGUGCGUGCAUUGCAAAUCUCUUUCUUAAGGAAAAUCCGCCUAUACAGAUUUAAUCUGUCAUGCUAAGGCAAUUUCUAGUGCAAUUCAGAUUCACGAGUACGACUACGACACUUAUACUUUUGCAAUGCAUAAGGCUACGUCCUCGACAAUCUCGACUGGUACAAGUGGACGCGACCGAUGAAGAUCCAGAAAUACUUCCUGGCCCCGGCGGUCCAACACCUCUUUGCGAAAACGCCUAGUUCAACGUGUUGUUCUGAUAUUUCCAUACUUCGUGCAGCUCCUGGAACUACAGACGAGGGCGCGACAAGAAUUAUGGGGGCUUCUUCUACGGUAACAAAUGACGCCUUGACCUUCAACGCCCCGAUCGACAUUAUCGGUGUCGCGCGCACGGGCAGCGGCAAAACCCUCGCGUUCCUCGUAGCCACCAUCAUUCAACUCGAGGCCGCAGAGGCGCAGGGCCUGGAGCUGCGCGCACUAGUUCUCGCUCCCGUCCGGGAGCUCGCAGACCAGAUCCACAAGGAGUUUGAGAAGUUGACCUUUUGCCGAAAAAUCUGCUCGGUAUGCUGCUACGGCGGCCAGGGGCGCAAAUACCAGGAGCCGUACCUUUGUGCUGCGCGUCUCGUGGUCGGAACGCCGGGCAGAUUGAGGGACUUCGUCGAGGAUGGAAAACUCGACCUGAGCCGGAACUUCGGCAUUUUGGUCCUGGACUAUCACAGGAAAAAGUGCUAAGGUUACCGGAAAAAUUUGUGAUGCAGUAAUGCAUCAGAAAUGGCCCCGGAAUCGGAAUUGGUGUUGCAUAGCAUGCAUUCUAGGCAAAAUUUGUCAUGCAUAGCUGCAAUCUCUAAAAAUAAAAUCUAAACGUAAACGGACCGUUUACGUUAGCGCUUUUUUGUUUGAUAUGGACGAAGCGGACCGCAUGCUCGACGAGGGGUUUGGAGGUGUCGUCGAAGAGCUCGCGCGGGCGAUGAAAAUGCAACCCGGACGAGCAGAAGGUCCUCUACCGCCACGGAAGCGCAUCACCUACUUUUUCACGGCUACGUGGGACGCGACCGUGCAAAAAGUCGCCUUUGAACUCGCGGAAAACGAGCGGAAGCUGAUUUUGGAGGUCGAACAGGACCUUCACGGUUAUCCAAGAAAAAAACUGCGUUAGUGUAAAUCUUUUGGGAAAACAGCAUCACAAGUUUGUCUGCAAUGAUAGGAAAAACUUGUUAUGCGCAGUUAGGAAGGGAAAAAACAUACACAUAGGAAACGAGCCGAUCAUGCUCAUGCAUGUCGAGCAUGACAAGCGCAAGAAGUGUAACUGUUUUGCUUUUUCCGCAUCAGAGAUUUACGCUUACACAGUUUUUUUCUUGUAUAACGGUUCAACGAGGAUCAAUGCUGCCUCCAACACGACAGGAGCCGGCUCGUCUGCCCUUGAGGGACAUGAGGGACACGAUACUUCUUUUUCCGGUUCUUGCACUCUCACCGUCCGACCGGAGAUUGACCAGAAGGUGAUCGUGGUGGACCCGUCACUGGAUUAUGCUGCAGCGCAGACACUGAAGAAAAAGCUACUUUACGAUUUUCUGUCCGAACUGCUGGAUUAUCCCGAAGGAAAAAUAAAAUUGUGUUGGUGAUCAUGCCAAGUCCUCAGCACAAGCACUAGUACAAGGUAAAGUUUCGUGAAGCUGCAUCAAUGAAAGCGGGAGUAAGUACUACCAUCUGCAGCGGUGCAUGAUCUUCAGAAAACUUGUCAAGAUCUUUCUGUAUAGAGAACUGACACGCCAGUACUACUGGCACUUUACUUAGAACGUAUAGUGGAAGUUGAUCUACAACUUACUUUCCGAGCUCAUCUUGUUCUUCAAUGUGGAUUUCUAAUUAGGAAAGUCUAAAGUAAGAAAGUGCGAGGAGGACUUCUUCUAACGCGUGGUAGCACGCAUCAAAAAUUGUUCCAUUGCAUAUUUCUUGUCGGGACCUGAAGGUGUCCAAUUCCACGAACAGCGGUGCCCUCCUGGAAAACGAUGGCCGGUGCGAUGAAGGAGGUGCAAGUAACUUCUACACGACGUUGACGACAGAGGACCAGCAGGGGAGAAAGAAUGAAGAGGAGCAGGAACAAGCCUUAUACAACAUCCCAAUCGCAACCACUGACUCCAAUUCUAGUACAACCGCCUACGAGAAAAACGCCAAUCGGUCCUUUCCCGAGGGCGUAAAGGUCCUCAUUUUCGUCGCGGAAAAAAUAUGCAUUCCGCAAAAGUACCGUACCAGUUCUAGUAUAAAGCGCAUGACAAAUAACUUUCUCAAGAAGAAAAACUGGAGUUUGUCAUGCAGGACUGCAAUUUAUACGAACUGCAGUGCGAAGAUACUUUUGUCAUGCAGACCUGCAGUGCGAAGAUACUUUUGUCAUGCAGAACUGCAGUGCGAAGAUGCUUUUGCAAUGCAUAAGAAGUGACGGCGGACAACUUGUGCAGUGACCUCUGGAACGUGGGCUUCAACGAGGCAGCUGCAUUUACGAAACAGAAAAAUGUUGAUUUCGGAUAAUUGAUGAGAUGAUGUAAUUGCCUCACGCUUGUCCUCUUUUUAUCUGCGUUUUUUACGGCAUGUCGAAGUCUAUGUCCAUAAACCAAAGUCAUGUAAGUCGUGAUAGUGUGUCGUGACUAGCAAGCUCGCAGAACGACUUGCAUAUUGUUCCCACUCAGUACGUAGUGAUGGCAAGAUGACGUUGGACUUGGAGCGGAGAUCUUUCUUCUAGUUUAAAGGCAUCAUCAUGACUCAAAAAAUUUGAAAGGCAAAGUUUGGUUAUUCUUGUUGGGAAUGGGAUUUUUAUGCAAAUUCAUCAACUCGUGAUUUUUAGAGCAUACCGUUGCACGGUGGGAAGCGACAGGAUAAACGCACCGGCACGAUCGAAUCUUUUCGGUAAGAAUGUUGAUACUUAAGUUGUACCGAAUGUUCCGAAGGCAGCAAAGAGGAGUGCUUUCACAACAGCUUUGUCCUCCUCCAAUAAUCUAGAUUAUCCGUGCACCAGUUUGUCAUGUAGUUCCGGAAAAAAGAAUAAAUCCACUGAAUUGAUGUUACAGGCGUGGCUGGAUCCGGCUUUUGGUGGCAACCGACGUGAUUGGGCGCGGUCUCGACAUUCCGGACAUUUCCCACGUCUUCAUUUACGACUUUUCUUCGCUCGAAGACUACGUGCAUCGUGUCGGGCGAACCGCACGGGGCAGUUAUCCUGCGCAAAAACAUCGUUACUAGUUUGAAUUGCAUAUACAAAUUAGCUAAAGAGUGUGGACAGAUCAUGGAAUUUGUCAUGCUGUUAUAGCAGAGGCAGAGCCGUAGGAAAAGGAAGGCAAUUUGUCAUGCAUAGCUGUAAUUAUGCGAUACUUUUGCAAUUUUAUACCAGGGAGGUGGUAACCAAGGCGUCGUCAAUCGCGAUCUUUGAGUACUUAUCAACUGUAAAAAUGUCUGGGUCUGGAAGAAUCCAACUUGUCAUGCUGAUUUUGGAUUGUAAAAAAAUCUGUAUUGCAUGAGCAGCAAAGAGAGUCCAAGUUUUGCUACACGGACAGAGCAUUUGUCAUGCGGUAUAGGCAUCAGGAAGCCCUCACAAAAUCUGUGGCGCUAGGGCACGCAUCACAGACAUCAGGAGUCAUGCAAAAUGUGCAUGACAAACCUGGCAAUCUUCCAGACCCAGACACUUUUACACUUGAUAGCACUGGCCCAACUACCCGGACUAUGCAAAGGAAAAAAACUGCUUCAUAGUGAAGAGAAGUUUUAAAUUUUGAUAAAGAUGAUGCUCUGUGGGCUUCCAGCAUAAAACGACCCAAUUCUGUGGCGCGUCUUUCCUGCCCCCGUGCACGGGGAAGCAGGCUUCAUGCAGCAGGUGUUGUGCAAAUCCAAAUUGUAUUGUGCCUGUCGCUGGCUCUGUGUUGCAUCUGUUCUUUUUCGAAAGUAGUGUCCUAGUGCCACGACCACGACUGGUCAUGUUUGUAUAAUUCCCUCGAAAGCAAUAGCACGAAAAUUCAGCAGGGUGAAGCAGUUUUUUUCCUGCAAACCGCCUAUGCUGCUCAUCUGAUCCAGGUGCUGGAAAAGGCCGGCCAGCCGGUCCCCGACGAGCUGCGCGAGAUCGCUCGGCGGGUGCAGGAUCGCGAGGAGGUGGGCGUUCCGUUGGUCAAGUACUAGUGUAGCUACUUCUAUUUUUUGAUGAACAUCAAAACUGAGGGAGACGACGUCGAGGAACCUCGGUGUAAUUUUCGCAGAAGUUGUUUCUUUUCGUUGCAGUAUAUGGCUUGGUCCUUAAUAUUUAGUGGCCGGCGCCUUCCUCCCAGUCUUCCUCUACAAUUUCGCGGCAAGACGAAAUUACGCGAUGAAUAAUUUUCUUUGUUUUAUUUCAUGCAGGAAAAUAUAUCGUGUCUCUGUCUUCUUGCGGUACGUAGAAGAGAUCGAUGAGGACGUCGUCGCUUCUUUCUAAAUGUAAAACUGCUUUCCUUUCGGCAGACUUAUUUUAUUUUAUAUCAAAAUCAAAAACAAGACCGGUAUAAGUAUCAGCAUGUCAUCUACUCACCAUCAUUUUACCUUUUUGACGGAGUAGCAGCACGGAGGUUUUGCGCCAGUAUUAGCCAGUCGUGGAAACUAACUUUCGAUCCGAUGAGGAAACAGAACUCGACUUCAAGGUCGAAGCAUCCUUCUAGAUCUAGAAGCAUGAGAAGUUGUUUUUAGGAUCUAUAUGCAGACGCCGACAUGGAUAUACUGAUACUCUCUUUCGACCCAUCAACUCGCUAAUAUCGAUACAGCAAGAUGAGAAGAAGGACAUGUACCGCAUUUUGUUUGCAAACAUGAUUUUCUCCACGCCCAUUUCACGAAAAAAGUUGAAAAAAGUAAAAAAUAUUUGACGUUUGUGCUUUUAAAUCAAUCGCCCGAAAAGCGGCAUAGAUUUUUCUUCAU